AUGGUGAUUGCUAACGUCGGGGUUGCCGUAGUCGUACCCCGGUGUAGGAUCGGGUGGGUCAACCAUGCGAAGUGAACUGGGAAAUGCAGGGAAAUCGCAACCCAUUACCAACAUGAACCGAACGUGGGUUUGAAGAGAUUGGUACGAUCUUGGCGGACGUAGUGGGGUGUUUGCCCUGAACAGGAUACAAAGGUAGUUCACUUCUCAGAUCUUAUGUCGAGGCCAGCCCUCGUUUCACCCUCUCCUGUAGAAGGGUCAAUUUGGGAUCGUUGCUCCAUUCCCGGUACUUCCUUUUGUUGAAGCCCAGCUUUCCAUACCCCACCUCGACUGUCGCUUGAAGGUGGUUUGUACAAGAUGGCGAUGCGAUUUCUGCGAAAGAUAGGCAACUAUCUCGCGCCUCAAGCUUCGAAAAGCGAAGAUGGCCGUGACCAGUGGCCCUCAAGAGCAGCCUUUCUGCUCGCUGCCAUGGGCGGUUGUGCAGGACAAGGAAACUUGCUCAGAUACCCCAGUGUGCUAUACAACAACUAUGGCCUUCAAUGGUUCAUCCCAUAUCUUCUGGCCGUUUUCCUCAUUGCUAUACCGGCGCUCAUCCUGGAAGUGUCAAUUGGUCAAGCGUACCGUGGUGGUACUGUCAUUGCAUUCAACAAUAUAAACCGUCGUCUCAAAGGAGUCGGUAUGGGGCCUGUUAUCGUCAGUUUCCUUGUCGUCCAGUACUUUACUGUUAACUUGGCAUGGAUCAUGAGAUACUUCCAAGAAAGCUUCACGAGCCCCUUGCCAUGGGAAAACCGCAUCGAGGAUUUCUACUACAAAGACGUUCUCCAGCGCGGAGAAAUCAACGAGGGAAGCCUAACACCGGAUGGCAACUCCGUAGCUUCAUUCACCGGUUAUCCCAACGGAGCUCUGAUCGGCUCAACUGUCGGGUGGAGCAUCUUUGUAUGGUUUCUCAUCUGGAUAUCCAUCUUCCGUGGAGUCGGCAUGACCGGCCGCGUCGUAUACUUCACGAUGGGACUACCCAUCGUUACCACCAUCAUCUUCGUUGGACGAGCGCUGUCUCUUCCCAAUGCAAGUGAAGGUGUUGCUCUUGUUUGGAGAACGUGGAGAAGCGACCAACUCGCCUCCGGUGUCGUAUGGCAGACGGCUGUUGGCCAAGUCUUCUUUUCCACUGGCAUCGGCUUCGGAUACUUCACGUCAUACGCCAGCUACAACACAAAACACGCCAACGCUGUAAUGGACGCUUGUCUUAUCUGUGGUAGCAACGUGCUAUUCGAAAACUUCGCUGCAUUCGCCGUCUUUGGCGUUGUAGGCUUUCUCGAAAGGUGGCCGCAGGACGGUGAGCGACUCGGCGCCUUUGUUGUGGGUUUCUUGACACUGCCCGAGGCGGUGCUACAGAUGCCUGGAGCGAAUUUUUGGGCCGUGCUCUUGUUCUUCACGCUCAUUGUACUCGGUUUCAGUUCGGCUUUUGUCAUGCUUGACGUUGUUGUCACGCUGAUCUGCGACUCUGGCAUGGUCAAGGCUUCGAGACCUGUCGUUGUUACUGCGCUGACCGUACUCUCAUUCUUGAUGUGUCUGCCAUAUUGCACAGAGUUCGGGUACUACCUUCUCGAUGGUAUUGAUCGCUGGGUCAACAAUGUCGCUCUAAUCUUUGUCGUCUGGAGCGAAGUAUCCAGCGCUACGACCGUGUACCGAUGGAGAGACAUCGUCGACCAAACCGGCCUGCUCGCCUUUGUCAUAUACAAUGUUGGAUUCUUCGGCGGUCAAGUCUUUGGUAUUAGUCUUGCGCAUGGCAUCAGCCGACCUGGAGCAGGCGCAGGUGCUGGUAUCGGUUUCUACUUCCUCAUGGCCAUGAUCGCUGUUUCCGUGGCAAGAACUCCCGGCGCGCGAGCACCUUCCUUCUGGGAUCGGAACGCUUUCAUUCGGAAGUUCUGGUUCCUCGCAUUCUACUCGGGUAACCAACUCCGCCGCGACCUGAACGUAAUCGUCGGCCAGGGCAAGAACUGGAAAAUACCCGCAUUCAUGCCAUUCCUCCUGCGUUAUCUCAGUGGGCCCGUCCUCGCCAUCAUCUUUUCCUUCGCUUUCCCGGAAUUCCACACCCUGCGAUACGACCCAAUGAUGAUUGCCGGAUUCAUCUUGUCCAUAAUCACCAUAAUCGUUAUUCUGCUCGGCUUCAUAAUGCCUCGAUACUAUGAUGCUUUCAUUCCCACGGAACGCCGUUACGAAGGAACUGAGCCGACCCUACCGAUGGAGACCAAGGGCGAACUUGCUGGCAGGCCCAUUGCUGAGGUGGCGAGCGCUGAGCAAGGGCACGGCGUCAUGAGAGACUCGUCUUCAGGGCAAGAGAUCGAUGAUGACAAGCACAUCAAGACGACUGGCUUGAAGAAAGCCACAGCAGGGACCUAGGUUUCGUUUUCUUUUCUCGCAGGCGAGUCCUAUUGAUGGGCUUCGGGCGGCGCUGGCAGCGUCGCAUCUCCUUGUUUCUUCGGGCGGUAACUUCCUUCUAGUGCAGCGUUUGCGACAUUCGUGGAAAGCGACCAUCAUAUAUGCUGAGAGCCCAAUACCCAGGGCCCAGAUCAUGCCAAAGCAACCCGACCAUGCUGUCUACAGCACAUCCUAUGCGACUCUGCCGACUCUAGCCCUGAUGUUUUUGCCCUCGCUACUGAAGUACUGCUGACAAACUCCUGCCGUGCAUCACAAAAUCUGUCGCGAUUUUUGAGUCGCUCUAUCCUUCAUACUAC